ACCGCUCAUGCUUCACUGCAGCAUAAAAGCACCAAUAUGCAUGUCAUUUUCCCACAUUACUCCGUGAUAUCAGAAUAUUAUUUACGUGCUCACCUCACUGAGUUAUUGAUUGGUCAUACGUAUAAUGACUUUAGUCAUGACUAGAAUUGUACAUAGAAUGUAGCACACUGAUAGAGAGCUGGACUGCAUGUCUGUCACUGUGGGUGGAUCUUUUCAGGUGAAAGGUGUACAUUGUUUUGCAUGCUGAACCCUGAUUACAGAGCGUAGAGUGUCAAGUCUGUGGAUUACACUGAGCUCCGCGAGCAGAUACAGAGACAGAGUCAAUCAUUUGUAGCAGCUCACAGAAACAUAUUUGACAUCGGGCUAAUGGCAUUUCAGGCACAUAUGGCUGUCCUGCUUUUCUCUGUAUUAUUAUCAGCAGUAAGAGGGAGAGUGGAAAAAGAGCUAUCUCCAGAGUGCAGAGAAUUCCUCUACAUGGGCACACCACCAACCGGACUGGGGCAUCACUCCCCACACUUCAUUUGUCAACAUUACAACAAGAAGGCACGCUAUGUGACGCUGUACAACACCGUGGACCAUAUACCUGUCUACUCUGCCUACACCUUCAAACGCUCAGAUGGGGAGGAAUGUGUUGAUGUGCCUUGGAUGUAUGAACCUCAGCUCUCCACAUCCUCUGAUACAGAGGAGAUGCAACCCUUCCCACGUGGUUACAUGCACAUGAAUUUUGAAGAUGCCCAAGCUGUGCUUGAUGAUUACACAAAUGCCAUCCAAUACGAGCGUGGCACACUCAACCCAGAAGAGCAUCAGGGCGAGCUUGAUGACAAGGCCUCCACCUACACAAUGACUAAUGUUGUGCCGGUGGUGCCCGACUUCAACAACAGAGUCUGGAACAAACAAGAGCACAUCAUCCGCAAGCGGCUCAACAACUACUGCCAAGGGAAAGCGUACAUCAUCACGGGCAUCACCACCUCGGGGAAGAUGAUCCGCCGACAAAACAUCAAUCGCAUCGCAGUGCCCACAUACGUGUGGUCAGCAUAUUGCUGUGCUGACUUUGACAACAACGCCCCGUACGAUGAGCGCUACAAGUUGCCAUCUUUUGCCUACUAUGGGCUCAAUGAGGAGAACAACGAGGUGGUGGAAAUCUCUGUCCAGAACCUGAAGGAGUUCCUGAAGAAGACCAACUUCGUAGACCAGAAUUUUCAGAUCUUUGUCGGCGACUGUUUACCACCAGCUUCAAAUUUAAAACACAUGAGAUAAAAAUGUUUUUGUAAGGUGCCAUGAAAGUGCCAUAAAUUAUUUUGGUCAUGUUCUGUUUUUCUUGUUUUAACAAACCUUGAUCAGAUGAUUGCAUAAGGCACUGGUUUCAAUAAAAGAGGCUCUGUUUACGUGUCCCAAGAAGACAAUCAGGACUUUUAAAAAUGCAUGAAAACAUGUUUGUCCAACUGAAAGUGCACUAAAUAAAAAAAUUUGACUCCAAGUCUGCGAUUUGGAGUCGAGUUAUUCAAAUUGAAAUUCAGACAUGAUCCAGUGGGCACAAAUUCAAAGCUGACGCCAGCCAAAUCACUGGAAAAAAGCUUGUCACAGAAAAUGUGGAAUUUGCACCAAUAAACAGAAAUGUUUGACUCUUUUUAUGCAUGACUAAGAAACAGCCGGUCAUUUUUUGUCUUAUUUGCAAUAAUAAACCUGAUUGAAGUGUUAUUAAAUGGAUGGUCUGUGAAGCUUUGUUUUACAAUAUUAAAAUUCACAAAUUGGUCAUAAAGGUAUUAUAUUUUACUACAAAAUGUGAAAAACUACACUAUGUCAGCAGCAGCAGUGUA